UGGAGCUUCAGCUUUUCGACUUUCCUUCUGCUCUCCUCCUUCCUUCCUUCUUCACAAAUGGGUGAUUCCAAGAACUAUCAGAGCGAAAACUUUUCGUGCAAUGAGAGAUGGAGCAGCGACUCUGGUCAAGAGAGUAGUUGGACACCAUACUUCGUGGAUUUCUUGAUGAAUGGCCAGGAAAAGAACGACUCCUCUACGGGUCAUGAUGAUAGUUCUUCAGUAGUCUCCGACGCUGCUACAUCGGCCGUGAAGAAGUCUGUCGAGAUCGAUCAGGCUAGAAGCUGUAAGAGAUUGAGCUUUAAGAAAAGGAGAAAAGGACCGAUCGAUGAUGCUCUAGAGGAUACGGCUAGUUCUCCUGUCAAUAGUCCUAAGGUUCGUGGCCAGCAAAAGACAAUGGAUUCCUACCCAGGACAGGAAGAAGAUAAGUUAUCUAAGGAUGAUGCAACUACUUCAGGCCAAAGAGAUAAGAUUAGUAUUGAUUUAGACUUCGUUGGAAGAGGUGGUGGUAAUUUCUCAGAGCUGAAGAAAAGAGGUCUUUGCUUGGUUCCGUUGUCCAUGAUGAAGUACCAAGAUUGAUGAUACUAUCACAAUUCAUAAAUAGCUGUAAAUGAUAUAUUGCCAUGUGGUUCAAUAGCCUGUCAUGUAUAUGAAUUAUGCUGAGUUAUACUGGUCCUUAGCCUCUUAUUCCUCUCAA